UUAAAGCUCUAAUUCCUAAUGAGAGGUUUACAUAUACUAAAAAUGAAGCAAAAAAGUCAGUGGUUAGCAUUUGUUAUAUGAUGGCUAAUAUGAGAAAUAAGUUUGUAAAUAGCUUCAAAUUGGAGGUUGAGUUGUAUUUUUCAGCAUAUGGAUUACUAUACUUAGCAAUUGAUGUAUUACAUAGUCUAGGUGUUUUUGUGUGUAGUAAAACUAUUGAUGAUUAUAAGAAAAAAAUUAUGAAAAAUCAUCCACAAAAUAUUCAUCAGUUUUUUAUGGAUAAU